AUGGACCCUCUGUCUAUCAUCGCCAGUAUUGCAGGUAUCGCAACUGCAGGCACGUCGCUCUCAAAGGCGAUAUACCAUUUCAUCUCCUCGACGCGUGGUGCAUCUCGUGAGAUGGUAGAGAUUGCCCGCAACAUUUCUGAUCUGUCCUGCAUACUUUCCGAGCUCCGUCACGUACUCCAAGAGAGCGCCGAUCUCUGCAGUCGCAAACUUCUGCGCCGUAUCAAGUCAGCAAUGCGCCGAAUUUCAGCGAUUCAUGAUGAUAUAUAUGCACUAAUGGAUAGCAGAAAAGGAUUUCAGACCUUUCGUUGGAGUCUCAAGCGGUCGGAAGUGCAGUACAAGCUCACAUUAGUCGAGAGCCAUAAAACUGCUAUUCACUUGAUGCUCAACAUUCUGAUUCUCGCGGCGACAACAAGAAAGGAAGCACAAUCCCAAGUCACUCAGACAACUUCGACCAGUGAAGGCAAGCAGAAAGAACCAGAGUCAGAGGUUCCUCUCCUUCGCCAGCAGUCAGAGAACCUCGCAUACGCAGCCUCUCAUUGUCUCGUUGAUCUCUCAGAGAACCAGGAAUUUGAGAUUAGCCAAUCAUCAAGCCAACCAAAGACCGAUUCCGGUAGUGAGAAUGAUGACGCUACGGGGCAGGUCCAGAUCCGUGGCUAUGGGUCAUCUGACGGGACAGGCCGAUGGCUUUUGGAACUUGUUUUCGAAAACUAUUCUAGAUCGGGUCAAGGUUCAGAGCCUCAAGACCAGAAUAUCGGAAAAGAACAUGGAGUUCCAGCUUCCGACAGAACGGCCAUCGUAGUCCGAACUCCAGCAGAACUACAAAUAGCCAUUUACGAACCCGGAGCAGGUCAACUUCUUAUCGACACACUUCUAGCGGAAUGGACAUGUCUUCCCAAAGACGAGAUUACCGGAACCUUCGUGCGCAAACCUGAAACAGGACAAGUGAAGCCCAGCAGUCCCGUUCCCACACAAAAAGAUGUCGUGGGCAUCCGCUUCAAAGACGCCGUUGGCCGCAAGUUCACGUUCCCAUACCACCUUGUUCAGAAAUGGGAGGCAAGUCGUAUCGUGCUGUCUUGA